AUGUCUUCUAAUCAGACUUCCACGGGAACGGAAGGCGAUUUCAAUCAUCCCAAUGAGGAAUUGCAAAGAGCUGUCAAAAUCUCUCUCGUCUUCUCCUUCUUAUUGCCUACAGUUGCAGUCGGCUUGCGAAUCUGGGCACGAAAAUUGACUGGGAACAGGUUGUUCCUGGAUGAUUACUUGAUCCUUAUUGCUCUGCUGUUCAAAUAUGGUUGUUCUAUCGGAGUUACAAUUCUCCUCUUCAACGGUCUGGGGUCCCACAUGGACACUAUUCCGGAGAAAAAUCUAGUUGUCUAUUUCAAGAUCGGAUGGUCGAAUCCCUUUGUAUACACUACAUGUGUGGCCUUCGUCAAGCUUUCCGUCCUGGCACUCUACAAACGUCUGUUUGCUGUGAAGCACAUGAUUCUAGCAGUCAAUGUCGUUGCUUCGAUUGUUGUGUUAUGGGCAGUUAGCAUCAUGGUCGCGGCGACAUUGAACUGUAUUCCCAUCAACAAAUUCUGGAAUCGGUCCAUCGAGGGCUCCUGCAUCGACACAGCCAACUUCUACUAUGGCAUGCAAAUCCCAAACAUCAUCACAGACCUUGUCAUUCUCAUUAUGCCUAUCAAGGUCGUGAUUGGUCUGCCCAUUCCAAAAUCCCAGAAAAUGCUUCUUUCUGGAGUCUUCCUCAUUGGUGGAUUAACUUUGGUCUUCGAUAUUGUCCGAUUAUGGGUGGCAAUUCAGCUCACUAAGUCAGGACCAGACAUUACUUAUAACCAAGCCCCCACCGCCAUGUGGACCUGUCUCGAGGCGGCUGUCGGCAUCAUCGGAGCCUGUCUCCCCAACCUGAGGCCAUUAUUCAAAUUUGAUGGAGGCAAUUUCUGGUCUCAGAUUCGAUCCAGUCGAGGAUCUAGCCGAGGCUCAAGCAGGGGUCGUUUGACCUCGAAGGAUGGAGACAUGACAGCUACAGUGAACUCGACAAGCACAUCUGAGACCCUCACAUGCGAUACUUUCAUUAUUCCGAAGCCACACAUGGAAGAGCACAUUUCCGAUCAAGGGACUCAAGGCAUUGAAGUGCAUCGAUAUAGUAAAUAUAUGGAUGCUGAGAAAUAA